UUGUAAACGAGCUUGAUUUGGUGCCUUCUUUUCUCAAUACGCGGACCAACCGGAUGAAUAAGAGAAAUUUAAAGUACUACACCCAAACUGAUCGAUCAGGUCUAUGGAAUAUGUUGUUCGAUGUCGGUGAAAUAAAUAAAUUGGGCAAAUCGAAAUCAUUCCAUCAUCAGAUUUUGACCGAUAGUGUUUCAAUAUCCAUAAUGUACAAGAAACCACAGCGACAACAACGACCACAGCGACAACAACGACCACAGCAAACAACCCAAGCGAAUCGGGGGCCGGAAAAACUCAUUGGCAAGAAAUACAUCAUUGGAAUCGAUCCAAAUGAAAAAUCGUGGUUAACUGUAGUGCGUCGCAACAUUCAAAAAACACCUGAUGAGCCGGCUGUUGAGGAAAACAUUAUAAUACCAAACCAGCGUUUUCAUUGGGAAACUCAGCAGAAAAAACGAGACAAAGAAGCGAAAAAGUUGGCUGGAUGGUUUGAUAUCGAAGAGAAGGAACAUCUCAAAACAUACCCAUAUCGUCCACCAUCACCACGUAAUUCAACAUGGAAAUCAUACAUUGAAUAUCGCAUUAAAAUGUUACGAAAAGGAAUGGCAGCUUAUGCGACGCGUGAAUAUGCACGACUGGAUUUAGACCAUCACAUUCGCUCGACCAGAGUAAAUGAUCAAAUCGCCGUGCGUGUGACAAACAACAAACCGUCGUUGGUUCAAUUUGGUGCUUGGGCGAUGAAACCCGAUCGACCGUUUGGAAUAAAAAAGCGUAAAAGAUGUCCGGGAUCGCGUAAGUUUCGUGUGAGCAUUAAGAAACUUGGACAUUCAGAAGUUGAAAUGCAAGAUGAAUGGGGAACAUCACAAACAUGCGCGAAUUGUCAGGAACGCUUUCCAAGGCACACAAAAGAUGAUCGAUUUAAAGUGUGCUACGAUUGUAGAGCGAAAAAGAUUGAUGGCCUGCCAGAUUCAGUCGCUGGACUGCCAGAUAUCAUUGUGUCAACGGUCAACAGACGUGUUUUGAGAAGAAAACGUGCAAUUAUUAAGCGACAAAUUAUCGAUGGCAAUCGUGAGGCUGUGAACGAAAAGAUUCGGACUGGGCGUUUAAUGUCAAAGGUUAAAGUUACCUACAAAAAUUGGCCAUUAAAUGUUGAUGAUGAUGAUGUUGUUCCACAAACAGUUACUUGGCACCGAGAUAUUGUUGCAGCAAAAUGCAUUAUGCUCAAAGGUAUGAAUCAAUUGGAAACAGAAUAUUCAUUAUUUAAUGUAUUUGCUUUAAAUUACAUAGGACUUUGCCGGAUCUUUGAUGUACCAUUGCCAGUUUCAUUGUUAAGACCGCCGGACCAAAACAACAAUGGCAACUAACAAACAUCAUCAAUUAAUCAUACAUUCAAAAAAUUACAUAAAAUAAAAUAUUUUAACUAUUAUAGUUAGCUUAGCUAGACAUGAACAGACUAUAUAAAGUCUUGUGGUCUAGUUGUACAAUAGUACAACAUUGUACGGAGGGGGAGUGCCCGUAGGUGAGUAAAGUUUUUAAUUUAAAAAAAGUAUUUUAUACCCAGUUCAACUGAUACUAAUGGUUGUCUUUCCCUUUUUCCAUGUUUUCACACCUGAAUGUUCCACCAUGCCAAACCUAUGGAAAUGACUGAAACUACACACGAAUCU